UUCCCUGCUUCUCCUUCCCCCCCUAACAAACUGUCCUGACUGGCCAGACCUCUCUCACAUCUCGUCUGGGUCUCCCCGAACUUGCACCUCCUGCACCUGCGCCUUCAUGAAUCACCCGCACUUUGCUCCCGUCCCCGUUCCUGUUCCUGCUCUUGCAUCUGUACUCUGUACAGUACAGAGAGUACCGACAAGCCCAAGCCUCCUUUCACCGUUCCAUCCAUCAAACCUCCACCACCAAAACCUCAACUCACAUAUUUUCCUACUGCUGCUACUGCUGUUGCUGCUGUCGCUCCUCCUCUUCCUCCUCUCAUCCUUUUUCUUUCCCGUUUCCCUCUCCCAGUCUACCACUUCCCACCCCCUAUCCCUUUCUCCAGGCCUCAGACCCUAUACUAAUGAAGCCUGUAUAUUGAGAACGUUUAAACUUUUUGCUUCUUUCCUCUCUCUUUUUGUCUCGCUCAAAAGAACACUUGGAGGAAAGGACAGCAACCUUGGGGUUUGCCCGCGCAGCGAUUCGUCGAGGAACGGACCUGGGAGCCUGAGAAACCUGAUCUGUGGGAAGCCCGACCAGACGGAACAACGCAAAGCAGCUACCUACGCAUCGCGCAUCGCAGCACCCACAUUGACCAACCCAGACCAAGCCCACCGCUAGGCUGGCUACGCGACCACAAAACGGCCACCCGACAGUGACUGGCAGGAGAAAUCUUUCCAUCAAACCCCCCUCCCCGGCAGCCCAAAAUCGUCCAGAGCCCACUUGUCCACCCCGACAUUCCUUGACCUCAACCCCCCGACCGACGUCGAACUCUCCUUUUAUUUUCUCGAGCACCCAGCUGCCUUUCUGCAACCGACUGGCUGGCCUGGCGUACCUUGUAAUACCUGGAAUACACGCACAACCACGACUUUCAACCCUUCGACCCUUCGACGAACAUUCCUUACGCAAAGAUCUCUCUUCGAGUCUCCUGUUUUGCCCUCCCGCUCUCACGAACCAUCAGCACACUCUGGCCACCUGCAUUAAAUCCACAGCUUGACAACAGAUUCCCCGACAAGCCGCAGAAGACUCGCCCGCAAACGAUUUCGGGAAUUGACGCAAGCCCGUGCCAUCACCCGUUCUCACCUUCUCUCUGUCUUGUAACCGACCCGUACCCCCGACUGUCGAAUACGAGACGCUGCGGUCUCAAAGCUGUCCACAAUUACAUUGGGCCCAACCCUUUGCGCGUGUCCCACGUCGCCCGAGAGAGCGAGCAUUGCUCAAUCCGUCAACGACAGCAACGCAUUGGGGAAACUCGAGUCUCGUAAAUCGUCUCUGAUGAGGUUCGGCCAAGAUAAUUGAUAAUGUCAACUAGAUCCGAUCACUUGGCCAUUGGUUACCCGCCCCAAUCUGCCACACAGAAUCGGUCGACCUCACCCACCACCAACAAUACUUCUCCCAUCGAUUCUGCCGCUGGUUCAUCCAUCAGAUCUCCCUUCGGUCUACCAGGCGGCUUGAGCCACUCCAGCAAGAUGGCCAGCGCCUCGCGAUCAGGGGCUGGCUCUCCGUCGCACGAGAUGCCCGGCUCGAGCAGGUUGUUUUCCAAGAGAGCCCGCGAGAUUCAAGCCCAAGAAGGCGUGCCUGGACUGCCGGUAAAUCCCUGGGGCGGUCCGCCGACCAGCGGCAACUCCACGCCCCUCCGCGAGAAUAUCCCCGAGUCACCGACUGAUGGCUUUCCUGACUUUGCUCAACUCCCUACACCCGACUCCAUGCCCCAGGCGAGGCGCGCUCGUGCUGGAACUGUACCCUCGCGGUUCUCCCCGGGAGGUGCCGGCAAUGGCUUGCUCAGCAUCCCCGCCAUGGCUCCCAAGUCGUCGCGACCUACCCCGUCCCACAGCCCUUUCAAAUCCUCGUCUCCUGGCCUCGAGCCGACCGAGACGGCUUCCAACAACUCCGCCUUGCUAUCGCGUCUACGCGCUGGAUCGAUGCCUCAGAGGAGCCCAUUCGCGCAGAUCCCGGGCACCAGCUCGCCCUUUGGCCCCUCCAUAUUCAGUAGCUGGAACCCUACCGGUACCGGCCGCGACCGGGGCAUGACGCUUGCGAGCAUUGCUAGCAUUGGCUCGACCAACGGGCCGAGCUCCCCGACCCAGUCCCAGAUUUCCCGAGAAGGCGGUGGGGAGAGCGAUGUUCAUAUGAGAACACUGGACUACCUGGGACUGGCCGAGACGCCGCAACCCCCCCGUGCCCAAUUGGCAACGCCGUACAUUCCGAGCUUCAACGAGUUUACUAAGGCUAACCGUUUCCGCUCGUACUCGGUCAACAACAAGGACAAAUAUGCCGACGAGGAGGAGGAUGACUUUGAGGAAAACAUGACUCUCGAGAGCCAGUAUGUCGCCCACCUUCAGGAUCAACUCGCGGCUACCAAUGCCGCCAUCCACAACCACAACCUGGCUGUUCAGGCCUUCGCGAACCAGGCCACGCGUCCCCGCGCCAGGACCGCCGGUGUUCUUGAUACGCCUGGCUCUCGUCUCAUGCGGACUUACAUGUCUGGCAAUGGUUUAGGCAACGCGGUUCCUCCUGCCGAGAUCCGUCUUCCAGACGAAAAGGAGUUCGAUGACCUUCCUCAAGCUGUGGCUGCCAUGAACCUUGGACGGUCAAGCAGUCGCAACGCGGGUCUACUCAACGCAGAGGAUCAAGGUCUCGAGGGUCCUACCAGCGCUCUGUGGCUAGGUAGCAUCCCGACUUCUACCACGACAUCGACCUUGACCGAAAUGUUCAAGUCGUACGGUCCUAUUUUGUCUGCCCGCGUUCUCACGCAUAAGAAUUGUGGCUUCGUCAACUUUGAACGAAUGGAAAGUGCCAUCACUGCCAAGGCCAGCAUGAAUGGCAAGGAAAUCUUUCCCGGAGCUGGCCCUAUUCGCAUCAAUUUUGCUAAGCCGCCCUCUGCCUCGAACACCCCCGGUCAUGACGGAGUUUUCCCUUCACCCAGCCCCGACCCCUUCUCGAAGAACCAAGACAACUCGCACAGUGCCUCAUCCGGCGCUGCCGCUGACAAUGGCAGCUCGGCCGCCCAGUCAGCUAACGCUGCUCCCACUGUGCCUCCUCUGUCAGAGAUGACGAGCGAUAUUCUGCAUAUCGUGAAGCAAUUCCAGGCUUCUGACGAAGACACUGCCAAGAUCUCUCGCAGCCUCCAAUCCUCUAUCCAGUUUACCAACUUUGUCGACGAGAUUCCUCCCAUCCGGGAGCCGGCCCACACGCGGGUUCACGAUGCUCCGAGACUCCGAGACAUUAGGAAGAGAAUCGACAACCAGAGUUUGUCUCAGGCAGAGAUUGAGACGACCGCCCUCGAUAUGCUGCCGGAGAUCGCCGAACUCUCGUCUGACUACCUCGGCAACACUGUCGUGCAGAAGCUUUUUGAGCAUUGCUCCGACGAACUCCGGGACGCUAUGCUUGCUGAGAUCGCUCCUCACAUGGCGGAAAUUGGCGUACACAAGAACGGUACUUGGGCCGCUCAGAAGAUUAUCGACGUCUGCAAGACUCCACAUCAGAUGACUUUGAUUGUCGAGAAUCUGCGCCCUUACACGAUCCCUCUGUUCCUCGACCAGUACGGCAACUAUGUUCUGCAGGGCUGCCUCAAGUUCGGCGCCCCUUUCAACGAUUUUAUCUUUGAGACGAUGCUCAGCCGGAUGUGGGAGGUGUCCCAGGGUCGCUACGGUGCCCGAGCCAUGCGUGCCUGCUUAGAGAGCCACCACGCCACCAAGGAGCAGCAACGGAUGCUUGCUGCCGCAAUCGCCUUGCACAGCGUCCAGCUUGCCACCAACGCCAACGGAGCUCUUCUAUUGACCUGGCUCCUAGACACCUGCACAUUCCCCCAGCGCAGGACUGUUUUGUCACCUCAACUUGUCCCCUGUCUGGUGCACCUGUGCACCCACAAGGUCGCCUAUCUCACUGUGCUGAAGGUGAUUAACCAGAAGGCCGAACCCGAGGCUCGGGACACCAUUCUCAAGGCUCUCUUCUUCACGCCCAACGACCAAGUCCUAGAGGCGAUUCUCAGCGACCAUGCCUGCGGCGCUACCCUCAUUUUCAAGGUUCUCACGACUCCUUUUUUCGAUGAGAGCAUCCGCAGCCAGGUGGUUGAAAAUGUCAAGAACGUUUUGGUGCGCAUCAAAGCUCAGCCCGGUCAAGGCUACAAGCGCUUGAUGGACGAAGUUGGCUUGUCUACUCGCAACAGCGGCGGUGGCGGGCGUGACCACGGGCACGGCAACUCCAACAACAACAGCAACAACAACAGCGGCAGCAACAGCGGCAGCAACAAUGAGCAGCGGCAGCGACCGGCUUCCCGACAGGCCAGUAUGAGCAACCAUCAUCAACAGGCGGCCCACAUGAACAAGCAGCAGUACUACAACCCGUUGAACUCGUCUGCCAACGCCUCCAACUACGAGUUGGGCUUCGGCGCCCAGCGCAGCGAACCUGCCGAUGCGAGCAUGCCACCUUUCCCUUCGUAUGGUGUCCAGAACGCAAUGUACAAUCAAUCGAAUUCCCCGAUGCCGACCCCCGCGAACUUGCAGCAGCUGCAAUACCAGCAGAACAUGCUCAACCGCGCAACGCCUCCUGUCAACAACUUCUUCCCCCCAAUGCAGGCAGGCUUCGGCGGCUACAGCAGCAGCCCGAGUCCAUCGAUCGAUCAGUACCGCGGCCAGAAUUUGGCCAACGGCAGCCCUAUCCAGCCGCCGGCAAGCCAGCUCCCUCAGAUGCCUCCUGGCCAAACCCCGUACGCACCCCCCGGCUUUGGUAUGAACAUGGGCAUGACGGGCUACGGCGGCUACGGCAACAUGGGGGCCAUGCAGAGCAUGGCGUAUAUGCAGCAGGAGCAAGUCAAUGGAAGACGUGGCCGAGUAAGCCAAUCCCCAUUCGCAUCCCAGCAGCAGCAGCAGCAGCAGCAACAGUUUCAGCGAAACCAGUGGCAAGACUGACACGAAUGCUCAGAGAUGAUUCAAACGUUGUUUGCACAUACGAAUUGCUGGUCGGAGACGGUCUGACUGGCUCAUGCCGCUCUUUUGUUUUGUUCAAGGAUGGCUUAGUACGGUAUCGGCACAGGAGUUUGGUGGAUAUGGAUCGUCAUGUAAGAAUGUUUGCAGGAGUACACGCCGUCCGAUGUGUGAGGAAAAUGCACAAGCCACUCCAGAUGAGGAGGAGGCCAUGUCUCGAUGAUAGACAGGGCAACAUCAUGAAGCUGCUCCGCCCGAAAUUAGCGGGCGCAGCAACGAGAGGGUUUAUAUUUUUGCUUCACUUAGGGCUCCAACGGCUCAUCGUUACUUCUUCCUCCUUCCUGUCCUUUUUGCUUCUAAACACAUGCGGAAGUUUCUAUGCACUUUCCACUGCUACCCUCACCUCGCAUGUGGUGGCGUGGUAUAUAGAAAACCUCGAGGGUCGGCCCAGAUGUUCUGGGGCCCCUCGCAAGGAAGUCAGACGCCGAAAACCUUGCGUUUUACCAUCUGAAGUUGAUGUUCGUCACAAGGUGCUAUUAGAGACGAGCCCUUUAGGUGGUACCUGAUCUGGUCAAGGCAAGGUAUACCAUGGGUACUACCUUGAAGAGAAGGAGGAUUCUGGUCAUGUCGCAUUGUGUCGGUCGGUCGGUCGGUCGGUCAUGCAUUGGUUCGUGGGUGGAAUCACUACCGUCACCAAUCUCACCUCACGUUGCGUUGCAAGGUUGAGUUUCAUUAGACAAGCAUAGUUACAAUAGUAUCGUUAGUUGACUUUAUCGUAAAAGCUAGUUAUUAUCCCACACGUUCAUUGCCCCCACACACGCUAGGUCUGAGGUCUUGGCACCAAGGUGACCGAGAUAGAGACAAUGGAAUGGGG